AUGAUUGAGAUUGCAAAUGUUGUUAAUGCUGAUGCUGAUCCUGCUGCUGCUGCUGCUGUUGAUCAACUCGGUGGCUUGAUUGCAUUCUUCCUACCACCAGCCUUGAACAAUUCUACAUCAACCCUGCUCAACGUUCUUCUCGAUUUAGCUGUUCUUUUUUGCUUCAUCUCUACGCUCAUUGGAUAUAUCUGCUGGGGACUUGUGCUCACCAGAGAGGAUAGACGGAUAGAAAGCACAGACAUGGAAACAGGACAACACGUACAACUAGUAUACUCUUCUCCGGUAGACAAGUAG